AUGUGCGCGGGCGACGCAGAUUGGGAAUGUGCGCCGGCGACGCAGAUUGGGAAUGUGCGCCGGCGACGCAGAUUGGCAAUGUGCGCGGGCGACGCAGAUGGGGAAUGUGCGCGGGCGACGCAGAUUGGGAAUGUGCGCCGGCGACGCAGAUCGGGAAUGUGCGCCGGCGACGCAGAUCGGCAAUGUGCGCGGGCGACGCAGAUUGGGAAUGUGCGCCGGCGACGCAGAUCGGCAAUGUGCGCCGGCGACGCAGAUCGGCAAUGUGCGCGGGCGACGCAGAUUGGGAAUGUGCGCGUGCGCGCCGACCAAUCCGCGCGCACGCGUACGCGCGGAUUGGUCGGCAAUGUGUCUUAC